UAUUCACGUCCUCUAAUCGCUACUCUCGAUGCUACAGAAAGAACCAGAACCAGCACCAUAAGCUCGCCGACCUCGCCGGCCUUUUCCAGGUGCCGCCGCUGUCAGCAACGGAGGAGGCUGAGGAAACGGACGGCAGGACCAUGCAGCUCUUCCCCGUGCGCGCGCGCCGGCCAUUCGCUGGCGUCCCAGGAACGGUUAGUUUGAUCUGUAUGCGAGCUCUUUGCCUUAGAUGUACGGACGACGCGGCAUCCACGAGGACCACGACCCAUGAGAAAUUACGCGCCUUGGUCUUGGGUUCAUUUAAUUUGAAGGCGAGGGUGCUUCGAUCUAUUGCAUGCAGCCCGGAGGCAACGACGCCGCUGACCAUCAUCUAUGAGGGGCGGGCGUUCAUGUUCGAGAACUUCCCGACGGACAAGGCCAAGGAGCUGAUACAGCUAGCCGGGUCUUGGUCUACCGCUCAGGCGCCGGAGAAGGGAGCUCCAGUUGUGCUGGAGAAGCCAGUAGCCUCUGAGCCAUCGGAGGGGCUCGACCAACCACCCAUUGCGAGGAAGGCGUCUGUGUAGAGGUUCCUCCAGAAGAGGAAGCACAGGUGAGGACAGAGAUCGCCCACAUCUGAUUCAGUAUCAGUUUUGUAUUAUCUUCUGAUUUCUUUCGACAUUAAAAGCUCGAAACUGUUUAGGCAGAACAGUUGAUAUAUAACAUACGUGCAUGUAUUUGCAGGAGUAGCACCACCAACCCAUCACCGGCGCCGGAGGACGCCGCCGCCGGCAAAAGAUGAGCUUGCUGCCUCACGGUUCGGGAUUGGUAGGGACCAGCACCACCGGUCCUUACCACAUGGUGACAGCAUCACCGGCGCCGGAGGACAAUGUCGCCGCCAGCAAGGGUGCAAAACAUGAGCUUGCUGCCUCAUGGCUUGGGCUCUGAGGACAUUCAGGAUUUAGAGUUUAGGUUCUUGAGGAGAACAUUGAUGAGAAUUAAUGACUUACUAGA